AUGCAUCAGUUUGCGCUACCAAGGGCGGCGCUCUGUGCGCGUCGAUCUCUAGCAUCAGCAGCCCUGGCAAGCUCUUCAGGCACGUCGCUCCGCUGGUGCACCACACCUCCACCUCCCCUUUCGUCUCCCGUCACUACUCCUGGAAAGAUAAGGGUUCACAUCAAGAGCGAGACGGAGGGAAAAGAGACGACAGUUCAGGCCGCCGUUGGGCUCACCUUGAUGGAGGUGAUUCGCGAUGUCGCCAAGAUGGAUAUGGAAGCGGCGUGCGACGGAACGUGCGCGUGCAGCACCUGCCACGUCAUCUUCAUGGAGUCGUCCUAUAAGAAACUCCUGGACGCACCAAGUGAGGACGAGAUGGACAUGCUAGACCUGGCUCCAAAGGUCACCAAUACAUCGAGGCUUUCGUGUCAGGUGCGGAUCACGCCGGAGCUGGACAACAUCUCCGUGACGAUACCCAACGAGAUGGAGAACCAAAUGGGCUACUGA